GUACAGUGUGUGUCAGUAUCGUUUGUGUGAGUGUGGAUGAGAAAAGGAUGAACAGCAGCGAGCCUCAGCGGAUCCAGUUCUGCUCACACACAACAGCGGAGGAUUAAAAACAAUUUAACACAUUACGUUAAACAUUAUUUUAUCUUAAACCUUAGAGAAAAGAAACAACUAAAUCAGUAAUUAGUAUGGAAUUAAAGAAGUCUAUAGCGGAUAACGAGAGAAGCUACGGUGCUGUUCGCGAGACUAGCUGGGGCAGAGAUGAAGGUCAGGUGGACGUGUCCAUGGCGGAGAGCUCCAUGACUCCAGAUGAGAUUGAGAUGGAGAUGGCCAGGAUUCAGCGACUCAGGGAGGUUCUGGUCAGACGAGAAUCAGAGCUACGCUUCAUGAUGGAUGAUAUUCAGCUGUGUAAAGACAUCAUGAGUCUGAAGCAGGAGCUGCGUAAGAUCGUGGUAGUGCCAGAAAAGGAAAAGAAUAAGAAGCACCGACAGAAGGAGGAGGAGCUGAUACAGAAGAUCCACAAGCUGGUGGAGAAGAGGGAUUUCCUGGUGGACGACGCAGAGGUGGAGAGACUGAGAGAACAGGAGGAGGACAAUGAGAUGGCCGAGUUUCUCAGACUGAAGCUCAUGCCUCUGGAAAAACUGGCCAAAGCUACACAAAGUCCUCCGAAAGUGAAAAAGCCGACAGCAGAGCCUCCGGCACACAAGCCCUCUAUUACCAAGACCAGCGUGGCUAUUAUAAAGGACUGCUGUGGAGCCACGCAGUGUGCUGUCAUGUAAAGACCUUGCAUUUGUUUUUAAGCUGCAGUCAGUACGAGAAACAAAAGUCUUAGUUAGGGUGGAACAAAUGACAGUUUUUACAGUCCCCUGUGUAGAGUGUGUGGUGCCAAUUUAGAAGUGCCAUUAUUCAUUCAUUAUUUUUUCUCACAGUUUAGACGUUUUUAUUGCUACAAAAAGCCAAGAUACACUAUAUGAACUAUAUAAGGUAUUGGGACACCUCGUC